CUCCAUUUCUUCCUUAAUUCCACAAUUUUUAUACACUUCUACAUCCCCUUCUUGAUCAACUUUUUCAAGUCACAUACAAAAAAAAAAAAAAAAAAAAUGUCAAAUGACCACAAAACACAGCCCGAAACCGCGAUACAGCUGCCUGAACUCAACACAACAACUACUACUACUAAUACUACUACUACAAAAGUGGCAGAUGAGGCUGAAAAUGGGACUUUGGUGAUCUCAAAUAACUCUACUAAAAAGCUUCCACGAAACUACGUAGUAAUGCAUAUCGUUUUACGGGUUGCUUGCUUAUUGGCUUCUUUGGUUUCGGUUAUUGUAAUGACUACUGCUAAAGAGAAGUCGAGUAUAUCAAUUUAUGGAUUUGAUCUUCCUCUUUACUCUAAGUGGUCCUUUUCUGGAUCAUUUCAGUAUUUGGUUGGAGUAUCGGUAGUCGUAGGAGUCCACUCUCUUCUUCAACUUGUGAUGACCGCGCCAAGAAUGCUGAGGAAGUCGUCGAUCUUUUCAUCUAGGAACCAUGCGUGGCUGAUUUUUGCCGCGGACCAGGUGUUUGCGUAUGUUAUGAUGAGUGCCGGAUCAGCUGCAACAGGUGUGACAAACCUGAACCAUACCGGGAUCAAACACGCAGCUCUACCCAACUUUUGUAAGCCGUUGCGUAGCUUUUGUGAUCGUGUUGGGGUUUCAAUCGCUUUUGCAUUCUUCAACUGCUUCUUGCUUGCCAUUUGUGCCGUUCUUGAUAUAAUUUGGCUAUCUAAUUAACUACUAAACAGCAAUUAGAGGCUGCUUUGUAUCGGGUUCUCAAAACGGGUGUUAUGUUUGGCUAGUUUUCUUAUCUAUUGCGGAUAUGAUGAAAUUAAUGGAGAUCUAUCUAGUUAAAUUAAAAUA